GCCUGCGCCCUCCGCUGUGACGUCACCACCAGCCGUCCUACCAGUCCCAUACUUCCUGACCAGUUCCAUCGCUCAUUCCCGAAUUUCCACUCGCUGCAGUGGUGAUGGCCGUGCUGCACGUGUUCUUUUCGCGAGUCUGCCGAGGCAUUUUUUUUGCGUUGUGUGCAGUGAAUUUUACUGCCGGAAUUUUAUUGCACGAAGCUUCUGACAUGCCCAAUAAGUGCUGUGUGCCGGCAUGUUCAAGUAAUUACAAGACCGGGAAGAAAGUUCAAGUAUUUUCAUUCCCCAAGGAUGAAGUGCUAAGGAAGAAAUGGCUCAGUGCUAUUCCAAGAAAGGAUUUCUUUUCUACGGAAAACAACAAGGUAUGCGCAUUGCAUUUCACCGAGUCAUGCCUUCAGAACAAGUCGUCCUACACGGAUCCUAUGGCAGGAAGAGUGCUAGAGGUCUCACUGAAAGUACCACGCCUGCGUUCAGGAUCAGUGCCCACACUGUUCCCAGGAUGUCCUACGUACUUGUCAAAGGAUGACCCUUCUUCGAGAGAAUGCCCGGAAAUAAAAAAAAUGCGCCGAGAAGCCGCUGACCUCGCUCGUGCCAUCGCAGAAUCGGAGGCUUCUUAUCGUGAUGAAGAAACGAAAUGCUGAUUUUCCUCGCUUCUUGAGCUUAUGGAAUGUUUGAAAGUGCACCUGUGCCAAAUGAGUGGAAUUGUAAUUCACCGCACACACUGUGCCCUGUUUUUAAAUAUUGUUGAUGAGAGCAUGCCGCUGUUGCGGUCGUCUGUUACUGUUUUCAGCGACCUGAGUAUCAGUGUAUGUUUUCAUGGUACCAAAUUAAGCCGUAUAGGUGAUUAUGUCGUGCCAGGAAGCAUUGGGAAUGUGAAUGUCCUGUCUGCCAUCCUAAGUAGGCUUCAAAGCAUCCUCGAUGAAAAAUGCUCCUCAGAAAAUCUUUGUGACGUAGUCAUUAGCCUUCUCGAGCAACUUGAACGAGAUGCCAUUGACAGCAAGAAACGUAUCAGUCGGUUCUUGCGAGAACAAGUGGCGUUGCUUGGAAAACGAUUGCAGUAUUCCUCCGAAAGUAUGGUGGUUGCUUGCAUAUUGCAUACCAUAUCUCCACACGCCUACAAAUUUCUGAGGGGUUCAGGUUUUUUUGUCAUGCCACAUCUCAGUACUUGUCGAAAUGUCUGCUCCUCGUUUCACUUGUCACCUGACACUGAGGCAGCCAGUGAAAAUUUUCUCAGGUACAUAAAGCACAGAUUUAAGCAAUUGCAGCCGCAUGAAAGUGCCGUGGUUCUCAUGCUUGACGAAAUUCACAUCCAGCCUUUCUUCGAUUUUAAAGGUAGAAAAAUUUCAGGGGCAGCAGGAAACAGUGAAGAGGCCGCUACUUCUGCUCAUGUGUUUAUGGUGCAAAGCAUGCAGAGUUCUUUUCGCGAGGUGGUGCACAUUCUGCCUGCACGAACAAUGAAUGCUCACUCUCUUCAUGCUGUCCUGAAAAAUGUAAUCAUUGGCGUUGAGGAAAUAGGUUUUAAAGUUCCUGCAGUAGUUUCAGACAACGCAAUCAAUCGCAAGACACUCAGUAUGUUUUCAGAUCCGCCAAAGCUGAGCAUCGUUUACCCAAAUCCAAAAGACGCAACAAGAUUUAUGUUUUAUGUUGUGGAUUUUGUGCACUUGUUGAAAUGCAUCCGAAACAACUGGAUAAAUCAAAAUAAUCUUGGGACAAACCUUUAUUUUCCAAUGUUUGAUCUCUCAAACAACAGUGUCCAUCCCGACUGCAUACAGCGGGCAUCAUUCAAAGAUCCUCGGGAGCUGCACAAGCUAGAGGCUUCUCAGCUUUUGAAUUACAGCUAUCGCCUUUCGUCAAAGGCGCUAAAUCCUAGCAACUUCGAAAGGCAGAAUGUUAAGCUAGUACUACAAAUAUUCAAUGUUUUUGUAGCUGAGACACUGGAUCACCACUGGAACUUUCAUGCUUUAUGGCAUGCCAAAGAAACUGCCAAUUUUAUCAAGAUAGUUCUCCGCUGGUGGAAGAUUGUAAACGUUAAAACACCUCACAAAGGCCAACACCACAGAGAUGUUUAUGAAGAGCCAGUUUCGUGCCUGAAUGGUGACCCUAAGCUGGAAUUUCUCGAUGCAUUUGUCACUUGGUUGGAUGUGUGCGAAUCCUACAAACACAACGGCAUUCUCGCGAGAAACUCGAUCUGCUCUAAGGCAUUCCGCCUAUGCAAUACUUGAAUUCACCAAGUACUGCCUUGUCGAGCUUCGUUAUAAAUAUGUCCUGCUCGGCAAGCUGCAGACAGACGGCCUCGAAAACAGAUUUGGCCAGUACAGGCAAAUGGCUGGUGGUCAUUGCCACAUCAGCAUUAGGCAGCUGUACGAGAGUGAAGGCAGAAUUCGCCUACAAUAUACUCUUCCUAUUAUGAGCAGUGACGAUUUCAUUGAUGAGGCUGUUCCACAGGCAACAGCCACAAAUCAACAGGACUGCAGAGUUACUGUCAAACCUGAAGACCUUGACAGCUUAAGCACACGCGUCGCUGUUUUUGCUUAUGUUGGAGGCUUUUGCACUAACUCUGUGGAAAAAACGUUGAAGUGCAACUGCUGUCAAGAGAACCUUGUUACUGACAGUUGCGAUGCUGAGUGCGAUGGUGAUGCUAAUUCUUUAAUAGCAAGUCUCAAUCGAGGUGGCGUGAAAUUUCCGAAUGUGUGUUGUGACAGUAGUGACGCACACUGAAGUUGUUGUUGCAAAGUUGCUGCAGAAUGAAAAAAAAUGCCACGAGCUUUCUGCAGGCACGAAAUAACAGAUGUAUUGUUCAACAGCUUGUGAAGGAGAGCUUGCCAGCAUUUGAGGAACUGGUGAGUUGUGCGAAUGGGCACAAACCAGAUUUGGUGAUAAAUGUGCAACAAAUGUUCUGCUAAAUAAUUAUUGCAAAGAGAGGAAUGACGGAGCCGCUGUUGCUAAAGCCGAUGCCAAAGCUGUCGCAAAAGCACGGAAAUUGAAAACUGUUGCUCCAAAAUAAAGUGCUCAUGUAUCAUUUGCAAUUUUCAUUAGUAUGUUCAUUUAUUUGUGUUUUUGAUCAUUGCUUCGUGCCCCUGUUUCGUGCGUAUAUGUUGAAUAAACUAACUCUUACUACAGGAA